UUAGGAAAGAAAAAAGUCACAAAAUGGACUUGGACUUCCCACUCUCCUCCGCCUCCGACGACGAUGGCGGCGACACAACGACACCACCUGGUCGCGCCAUCUGCCACGCCGGCUGCGGGCGCCCGUCCCGCGUCUGCCUCUGCCCGCACAUGCCCCGCUCCCCGCUCCACACAUCAACCACCGUCGUCGUACUCCACCACCCACACGCCGUCCACCGCAACCCGCUCUCCACCCUCCCCCUCCUCGCCCGCUGCCUCGCCAACCUCCACCUCCUCCCCGGACGCCGCCUCCGCCCCUCCUCCACCCCGCUCAUCCCCCCUCCCUCCCCGAACCCCGUCCUCCUCCUCUUCCCCUCGCCCGCCGCCUCCGACCUCGCCUCCUGGUGCCGCUCCACGCCUCCCUCCGCGCGCUCCAACCCCUCUCUCCUCAUCCUCGAUGGCACCUGGAAGCAGGCCAAGGAGAUGCACGCCGCCAGCCUCCCGUUUCUCUCCUCGUUCGUCAUCCCCGUCUCCCUGCCCGUAGACAGCGGCGUGGACGGGGACAGCAUGUUCGAGUCGGAGCUCGUGGUGAAGAAGGAGCCGCAUAAGGGGUGCGUGAGCACAAUGGAGGCAGUCGCAAGGGCGCUGCGGCUGCUUGAGCCGGAGGGAAGCGGUGCGGAGGUCGAGGAGACGAUGGUCAGGGUUCUCAGGGCGAUGGUGGCCUUCCAGUCCCAGCAUCUGCAGCACCGUGCCAUGAAGCCGAGAGUGAAGCUGAGGAAGAAGAAAGAUAUCAAGAGGGAGGAGGAGAUGAAGAGGAAUGCCUGAUUGUUGUGACUGAAUUUCUGCGGAUUUGCGUUCCUCUGUUGUUCAGAGGCCAUCACUGUCAAUCACCAAGGUUUUGGCACGGAACUUUGCUGCAACAGCAUAUGCCAAGAUGUCUAUGCUAGAUCGGAGAAUGAUCCUUUUGUGUGUUCCCCCUAAUCCAGGAAGUUUCAAUUGUUCCUUAGUUGAAAUAUCCUGUCUAGUGAAUAGAACACCAUUAAAUUCUCAUUGUACUGUCGCCGAAAAAGUAUCAUUCCACUGAGUAAACUACACAGAUUGAUGAUACCA